UGUCAUUUCGAGCUAUUUUUAUACACAUAGAAGUUUUUUUUAAACAACAUAAAGUAAGUUGUAGUUUAGUUUAAAUCGCAGCAUGGAGGACAGCGGCAUCGAUAGCGAAGAUAGACAGUCGAAUAUUUAUGAAGAUGGUGCAGCUGGUUUGUUGAAAAGCGCAAGCGGAGCACCCAAACAUAUGUCAGAUCUGGAGUUUGAGGUGGCAUUCAGGGGCGCCAGCAAAGUGUACGCGCCCACAACAAUUGAAAUCGAUGAACAGGCGCGCAAUGCGGAGCGCAACGAGCCACCAAACACCUGCCGCAUACUGCAACGCAAACUGGAGCUGAAGGUCGAGCGUGCCAGGCGCAACUAUACACAAUAUCAGGAGGAGCAGGUAAGCAUAGAAAAAAUACAAAAAGAGUGUAGAGUGUGCAUUGCUUUUUUAAUUUGCCAGGCAACAAAAACACAGGCUGCAACGCUUAUACCCAUUAAUCGUUUGCCCAUACCGGGUGAGCAGGAGCAGAAGCCGCUGGUGGACUACAAAUCCGAGAGCAGCGACGAGGCCGAGGAGAUUAGUUUCUUUCCAGCGCAGCUUAAGCGCGCCAAGCGUCGUCAGCAGCAAUCCGAGCUCACUGAUACGUUUAGCAUACAAGAGAUGACCAUUGAGUCUGAUUUGGAGUCUGACGACAGCGGUGGCACACAGAAUCUGGAACUGUUGCUGCCCUCCAUGAAGUCGAAUGUGCUGGACAAGCUUAAGAGCUGUCUAUGCUGCUAUCGACGCAGGUAAUGUCGACCAAUGUCCA